AUGUCUGACUAUAAAAAUAUACGAUCGACCAUUCUAUGUAUGGCUGGUGAAAAUGUGGAAAAAUUAAUGAGCAAAUGGGAAAACAUGUUUGAUUCCGACUAUUGUCAAGAAUUAAUGGAGAAGCUUGAAGUGCGUGUGCGCUCUUUUUACGAAGAUCUCAUAGCAGAAACUGAUCACAAGGAGGACGAAAUAAAAGAAGACUUACAAACUCUGCGAGCCGAGGCAGCUGCUGUAAUGCGAUUGCUUUAUAAAAAUGAGGAAAUUGAAAAUAAGCCAGAAGAUAUGCCUCUGGUUGUGUGGCGGGAGAAGUUGGACAUACGUGUACAGAACUUACGAGAUGAGCUGCGCAUGCGCCAUAAUGAAAUCGACGAGCUACUGCUGCAGCAGUACUUUUUGUGCGAAGAGCUAGGUGAGUCGCCGUUGCCUCUGCUUGCCGAUCCUUUGCCAGAGCUGCACGAAAUUUCCACGUUUCGUGACCAUCUGAAACGGUUACAGGCGGAGCGAGCACUUCGUAUGGAUGAGAUGUUUCAACUACGUAGCCAAAUAAAGCAGCACAUGAAACAGCUUGAGCUGCUUCCUCAAUCGGACGCGGAUGAGCAACUGCUAAGCCAGGCGAACCUCAAUAUGACGCCUCAUAUAAUGCAAAAGCUGCGUCUGAUGCAUGAGAAGCUUACUGCUCAAGUGGUGGAAUGGCGGCAGCGUAUAGACGAUAUGCGGGAAAAAAUUAAAGUGCUGUGGGUGCGGUUGGAGUACACGGAUGAGUUUGCAAUGCAAAAAGUAACUGACGUCACGUGGUAUACCCAGCAAACUUACGAUGUGCUCAGUGAGGAGCUACAGCGCUGUCAGCAGCUGCGUCGUCAGGAUGUAAAGAGGUUCGUCGAACAGCUGAGGAUGGAGAUUCAGAAGUGGUGGGAUUUGACACUGAAGUCACAGCGGGAGCGCAAGAGUUUCGUUAAUUAUUAUAAUGAUUGCUACAACGAGGACCUGUUGGAGCUCCAUGAGUUGGAGCUGGACGACAUAAAGACUUUUUACAAUAGUAAUAAGGAAAUUUUCGAUCUGUUUGCGAAUCGCGCCGAAGUGUGGGAACGUAUGGUAGCUCUGCAGGCGAAGGAGAGUGAUCCAAAGAGAUUUAACAAUCGUGGUGGGCAGCUGCUUAAGGAGGAGCGUGAGCGUAAGAUGAUAAUGAGCAAACUGGCCAAAAUUGAGCUGCAAAUAAAAGAGUUAGUAUUAGCGUAUGAGAAACGUACGAAAUCUCAAUUUCUGGUGCACGGCGAGAGCAUACUGCAGUACAUGGAGAGUGACUGGGAGCGUCUGCGUCAAACCAAGGAGCAGCAGAGUUCGGCCAGAAAACAUAUCUCGCCAAUGUCCGGGUCAAGAACACCAUCCGAUCGGCAGCUGUGUCCGCUCACUGGCGCAUCGAAGUCCACAGGCAAUCUGCACAAGAGGAAGCUGAUAAAAGAUGCUAACAAUGAUCUAAUAAACAUUAAUAAUGCGAAACGCUGUUUGAUGCAGGCGCUGACGUUAGGGAUUCCAAAGAUUCAAGUGCAGCCGCCGAGUAGUGACGAUGAGGAAGAUUAUUCGUGA